AACGGAGCGUGUCGCCGUCUGAAAUGAGAUCCAACCCGUUUCCCGGCAGGCAGCUCAACCUGCUCUCCGGCAGCAGCGCGCGGCUCCUCGUCAAACCGUCGCCCGCUGCUCGCUCGUUCACCUCGGCUCCUCGGAGCAUGAAGGCCGCCUAAUGUUUAACCCCUCGCCCCCGUUUCGGAAACACGCCCCUCCGGUCACGGACUACCCUCCGUCCGCCCUGGAGCCCCUCCACACGAGCGACACGACGUGGCCGCCGCCGGGCGCCAAGAUGCGGAUCUCCAAGGGAGCGGUGGUCGUGAGAGGAGUCCGCCGGCAGCCGAGCCCCCAAGCGGCCAGCCUGGAGAGCCUGGAGGCGGUGUGGGGCCAGAGGGAGCCGGCCGAGGUGACCCCCCGGAGCCCCGGGGCGAGGGAAGCUGCCAGAAACGGGAUAGAGGGACACGGAGGAGGGCCCCCCCGGGCCAGGAAGAGCAGGUUCCGAGCCCCCGACGUGAGGACCAUCUUCUCCCCCGGAGAGAAGGACCCCAGGGUGAAGGAGGAGUCCGGGGAGGGACACACCUUCGAGGCCGGAGGAGAGAACACCUGGUGCGACGUGUGCUGCCUCUACAUCUUCCAGGGCGUUCUCACCUGUGCAGGUUGUAAGUACGCGUGUCACGCCGACUGUCGGGACAGAGUGUCGCUCGACUGUCAUCCUGCGUCGUCACCCGUCAGCCAGGACCAGCUGAACAACAACACGCCGCUCCACGAUGUGGAGAAGGAGCGAGAGUCACGUUCAGAGCUCAGCAGGGAGGAGAUCAAGCAGAGGAUCGAGCAGUACAACUCUCUGACCAGAGAUUACCUGAAAAUGACGCUGAAUCCCACCUCCGUGUACACCGGCUUCAUCAAGGUCACGAUGGAUCUGAGGCGGCCGGUGACUGUGCGGGGGGGUCCGAAAGGAGCAGUAGGAACCGUGACGCAGGAGGCCUUCUAUCUGCCCCGAGGAGUCAACAACACGCUCCACAUCAGCUCUGAAAACACCGUGAAACAGGUGAUCGUCGCCUUGCUGAACAAGUUCACCGUGGCAGACAACCCGGCCAAGUAUGCGCUGUACAAACGAUACCACCGAGAGGAGCAGGUGUAUGUGUGUAAGCUGGCGGACGGCGAGAAGCCGUUGUUUCUUCGUCUGGUGGCGGGACCCGACUCCAACAUGCUCGGCUUUGUCCUGAGAGAGCAGCAGAACGGAGAAGUCAUGUGGGACGCCUUCUCCAUCCCCGAGCUGCGCAACUUCCUGCGGAUACUCGACAAAGAGGAGGAGGAGCAGAAGGAGGCGAUCGCUCGCCGGUACCUGUCGUAUCGACAGAGACUGGAGGAGGCUCUGAGGGAGCUCCGGGGGCCUCCUUAGACCUCCAGGACACAGGACUGCUGCUCCUUCCAGGGACAGAGGAGGUGCCUUUAGAUUUUCUGUUUGUUAGAGGAGAAAUGUUUUUGGUGGAGGGGGACGAGGAGACGAGGACGACGGUUGAAGGACAAACAGAACCAAGGACUGGGUUUAGAACCUGCAGAGGAACUCGUCUGUUUUUUGUUUGAUUUCACAUUUUAUCCUUCAAACUUGUGAAAGACUCAACACCAUAGUUUGGGUUAUAUAGUUUUUUAAUUUAAUUUCUUCAUUUUAAAUGUUUGUACAUAUUUUUUUUCUUAAUUUAUAUGGGUGAAGCGUUUAUAUUUUUAUUUUUGAAACUGUCUUAUUCUACCGUGAGAGAGAAACGAUAUUAUUUUGACACAGAGAUUAGAUGCAGCGACGCAGACACGUCGAUUUAUUUCAAGUCCCGCACGUUGAAUUCACCGAUCGUCUCAGAAAAUAUAUUUAUAUUUAAGGCUGGAAACAUGCGAAGACAGUUGUUUUGAUGCAGUUUGUAUAAAUAAUUAAGACGUCAACAACAGUGGAACCCUAAAAGUGC